AGGCUGCAGCCGCAGCGCCCCGCUCAGCGCACGGCCCGCCCGAUCCGUCAAACCCCAGUGGAAACCACACGACGCACGCACCACUGCACGGCCGCUCACCCACGUCAACGUUUAACCUGGCUCGCGUCGCGCGCACGGUGCACUGCACCCCCCCUGCCUUUGGCCACGCAACACGGGGAACAAAUACCAACGCGAAGUUGGCGAGGGUUUUUUCCGCCGAAAAACUGAACCGCCGCAGCCGCACUCCUCUCCCGCGCUCAUCCGUUCGUCUGUCGUCUGUUCCGGUUGCUUUGGCGGGCAGCUAGGGUUUAGGCGCGGGGCCCUCCCGAAUCCCCGAUGUACGGCGUCGGCGUCGGCGGCGGCGGCGGCGGGAACUACGAUGGCGGGGGAGGGAACGCCAGCUCCCUCUUCGGCGGCGGCGGAUUCAUGCCCUCGCAGGCGACCAACGCCGCGGAGGGGACCAGCGGCGGCGGCGGCGGCUUCCCCAAGAGUCGGAACGCCCAGGCGCUGCUCCCGCUCACCGUGAAGCAGAUCAUGGACGCGUCCCAGACCAACGACGACAAGUCGAAUUUUGCUGUCAAUGGCAUGGAGGUGUCCACGGUUAGGCUUGUAGGACGCAUGUUAAAUAAGCUUGAUCGGGUUACGGAUGUAUCAUUCACUCUUGAUGAUGGUACAGGCAGGGUACCUGUGAAUCGCUGGGAAAACGAUAGCACUGAUACUAAGGAGAUGGCUGACAUUCAGAAUGGUGACUAUGUUAUUGUCAAUGGUGGUCUAAAAGGUUUUCAAGGGAAGCGUCAGGUGGUUGCUUACUCUGUGAGGCGUAUAACCAACUUCAAUGAUGUAACACAUCACUUUCUUCACUGCGUUCAUGUGCACUUGGAGCUUACCAGGCCGAAGUCCCAAGUAAAUGCUAAUACAGCAACAGGAACUCCUAACCAAACUAUGCCUAGGGAUAGCAUGGCGUAUAACCAAAGUCCACUUACUAAUCAGGCCUCAACAUUUUCUGCACCACAAAAUACUGGUACUGGAACAAAUAUGAUCGACUUGGUCUUGAAUGUUUUUCAUGACCCAGCAGUUAUGAAUGAUGACCAUGGAGUAGGCGUAGAUUAUGUGAGCCGUCGUCUUAAUCUACCAGAGGAAACAGUCGGGAAAAUCAUUAUAGACCAAGUUGAUCUGGGACAUUUGUAUGCCACUAUCGAUGACCACCAUUACAAGUCCACAAUGAAUGGUUGAUCGUAUUCAAUAUUAUACGUAUGCUUCACAGCUUCAAGGUCGCAUGGAGCCAAGAAAUGUGUGCACUCCGCGAGAGUAGUUACUGCAGAGUGCCUCGCGUGAUUUUUCUACAGGAGAUCACCAGGCAAUCAGCUUAACUGUUCAAUUAAGUUGUUUAUCUAAAUAACUACUCCCUUGGCAGUCAGGCGAGUAGCUUGAUAGCAUGUUAGAUCUUUAGGAGCUUCUUUUGUGUUUCAAACAACUAUGAACGUGUUUGCAAUUGAAGCAUCUUAUUUUCUUAUGACAGUACAGGCAAAGUUACUCAUCCCGCUGUUUGUCGGUCUUGAUCUACAAUUGGCCAUGCCUUGUAUUUUCAAAA